UGUAUUCUCUCGAAGCCAGCGAUGAAUGAAAUCUUCUUAGUGCUUGUGUCCUAUGUUAUUGUCGGCACCUUUGUUGCCAUUGAAAUUGCUGUGGGUUAUGCAACAUUGCCAAGCAAAUCGUACAACGGCAGUUCCUGUUGUGUUGUCUUCAUCUACAUGACUUAUACAAUGUUGCCGCUACGUCUACGUGAGGCACUCAUCGGUGGCAUUGUGCUGUCCUGCAUGCACAUCUACACCAGUCUACGCUACACAGAAGCGACAAUACAUUGGCAGGAGUUGCUCUGCAGCCUUUUAGCAUUAUUCCUCUCCAAUCUGACAGGCAUUUAUACGCAUUGGCCCAAGGAGAAGGCGCAACGGAAGGCAUUUAUUGAGACACGGCAAUGCAUUGAGGCGCGUUUGCGUACGCAGCGUGAAAAUCAGCAACAGGAACGUCUGCUGUUGUCGGUGUUGCCGCGUCACGUUGCCAUGGAAAUGAAGGACGACAUUGCAGGGCAGCCGCGUGAUACGCAAUUUCACAAAAUCUACAUACAACGACACGAAAAUGUGAGCAUACUUUUUGCGGACAUUUGCGGCUUCACCAGCCUCUCUGAUCAAUGCACCGCCGAAGAAUUGGUUCGGUUGCUUAACGAACUUUUUGCCAGAUUUGAUCGAUUGGCAGCUGAGCAUCAUUGCCUGCGAAUCAAACUUUUGGGUGAUUGUUAUUACUGUGUAUCUGGCUUGCCCGAGCCACGGCCGGAUCAUGCACAUUGUGCCGUGGAAAUGGGUUUAGACAUGAUUGAUGCCAUAGCGCUUGUUCGUGAGGUGAUGGCUGUCAAUGUUAAUAUGCGUGUUGGCAUACACACCGGACGUGUGCAUUGUGGCGUACUGGGCUUGGUCAAGUGGCAAUUUGAUGUGUGGUCGAAUGAUGUGACACUAGCUAACCACAUGGAAAGCGGCGGCAUACCUGGACGCGUCCACAUCACCAAGGAGACACUCAAGUGUUUGGAUGGCGAUUACGAAGUGGAGGAGGGCAAAGGUGCCGAACGAAACACAUAUCUGAAAGAUCAUCAAAUCGAAACUUAUCUCAUAGUGCCAGGUGAUAUUUAUCGACCGGUAAGUGUACGAAAAUCACGCAACCGACUGCAGGUGAAUGGCAACAUUUCCAAGGAGCUGCGGAUGAUGGGACACGCUGGCACACAGAAGAAUGCCUCCAAAUUUGGCUUUGGCGACAGCGCGGAAGGUGCUAAAGAUCCAGAGGAUGAAGUGAAUGAGUAUUUGAUGCGUGCGAUAGAUGCACGUAGCAUUGACCAUUUACGUGCGGAGCAUUGUCAGUCGGUGUUUUUGUCCUUCAAGGAUGAUGAGCUGGAGAAAAAGUACGGAUCGGAGCCAGAUCGUAUGCUGAGUGUGUAUUUCUACUGCAGUUUUAUUGUACUAGUCACCACUACCGUUAUUAGAUUUUCAGCGUUUAAACCGAAUUUACUCACCAUCACCACUUCAUGUGCAACAAUUGUUAUCGUCAUGCUAAUUUCACUACUCGUCGCCGCUCAUGUGAUAAAUAUGAAUCUACCGAUUGGCAUCAAGAGAUUCUCUUCACGUAUCCACAGCAAUCGCCUGCUAGCACAGUGCUUUGCUUUUUUAACAGUCACACUGAUUGCCUUGACAACUGUGCUGACAAUGGCAUAUGAAAUUUUCUACAGCGUUGAUUUUGAAAACUUAUCAGCGAGCAGUCAAAGCCAUAAACUUCAGCCCACCUAUGAAAUUUUAGCGCCAAAUGCUUCAAAUGAGUUCAAAGCAACUGAUGAAACUGAUUUUACUUCCACCGCCAGCUCGCAAGGCAACGCUGCAGCUGACUUUAACUGUGAUUAUUUUUUAGCUAUAAAUACAUUCUUGCUGCUGACGCUGUUGUCGAUGAUGACUUGUGCCACCUAUCAAGUAUUGCGUAUUGUAUUGAAAUUGUUAUUGCUGCUACUUCUCGCUUCAUUCUAUACUGGCUUCUCAAUGUACCUGUAUACGCGCAAGGAUAUUCGCUUCAUGCUGGACACGGAGGAGGCUUUGCUGCGCUAUAUAAUUGAUUCGAUUUUUCUUUUUGCAUUCAUGUUGGCGCUGAUUUUUCACAGUCAUCAAACGGAGGCCACUUAUCGUCUAGAUUUCAUUUGGAAAUUACAAGCCACAGAGGAGAAAGAGGAUAUGGAACAUUUGCAAGCGUAUAAUCGCAAGCUGCUGGAAAAUAUUCUGCCUGUGCAUGUUGCGGAACAUUUUCUGAGUCGGGAAAAGAAUAUCGAUGAUCUCUACCAUGAGCAAUGUGAUAGUGUGUGUAUAUUGUUUGCGUCGAUACCGAAUUUUUCGGAGUUCUAUGUUGAAUUAGAAGGUAAUAAUGAGGGCGUGGAAUGUUUGCGUCUACUCAACGAGAUUAUCGCCGAUUUUGACGAAUUGCUAAGUGAGGAACGUUUUCGCUACAUUGAAAAGAUUAAAAGUACUGGUGCAACAUAUAUGGCCGCUUCUGGUUUAACGGCAAAUACUUGUAAUCAAGUGAACUUUUGUCAUGUUACCGCUAUGGCAGAGUAUGCACUGCAAUUAUUUGAUAAAAUCGAAGAGGUUAAUACACAUUCGUUCAACAAUUUUCGGCUGCGUAUAGGUAUAAAUAUCGGGCCUGUUGUGGCUGGUGUUAUUGGAGCGCGUAAGCCACAAUAUGAUAUUUGGGGAAAUGCCGUAAAUGUGGCCUCACGCAUGGACUCUACUGGGUUGCCAGAUCAUAUACAGGUCACACAAGAGGUAUAUCAAAUUCUGGUCGGACGUGGUUUUGAGCUUACCUGUCGCGGUAGUGUUAACGUCAAGGGCAAAGGCUCUAUGAUUACGUACUUUUUGAAAGGAAAGUCAGCGCAGCUACCAGCGCUGGAGGCAAACCAUAUCAAUGCGGUGCCGACGACAAUAAAUGAAGCAACUGGCACUGCAGCAGCUGUGGAGGCCGAGAAAAAUAAUAAGAAUAUUGAUUUGGCUAAUUGUCGCACAGUGAUAUCGCCCAUCAAAGAAAGCGAAAAGCCAGUAUCUGGCACUCAACUAGAAGAGAAAAAGUCUGAGCUUAUAUCAUCUCCACCACAAGUACCAGCGGAGGAGGCAGCACCACUCUCCUCCUCUCCUCCAACCGAUCAAACGAACAAAGUCAGCACAGACUCUGGCGACGAUCUCUCACCCGAUUCAGAGCUGAAUUCCUACAUGCAGAGUGCCACCGCACAACGCCGAAAGUCGCUCUGCCGCCAACACAACAUAUCCUCCUCCUUUGGCAACACAACCAGCUCUAGUUCUGCACUCACGCCCUCAGCACUCUCCAGCAGUUCGAGCGUGGUUACUAUAGCCGUUUUACCAGCAAUUGCUAAAGCUGGUUCCUCGUCCAUGGAGAACUCCAUGGAGGGCACUAUGGGCAGCAGCUCAAUGAAUACCACCACAUCUGCCAACUCGACCAGCGGGCGCAGCAACAGCCAACCGCGUACCUGUGUCGAUGAACUGAAGGAGGCAUUCAAAGAUGAAAACGAAAAGCCACCACUCAAAGACUCAAUUGAAAAUCUACAAAUUUUACUGCAAAAUAAUAUCAGCCUUUCGGAUCUCAGCAAUAAGCAGCAAUUGAAUCUACGAUCAAGCGAUGCCAAAAUGCAGCAACUGAAAAAGGAAACCAUUGUCACAUUCCGCACGGAGACCGCUGCACGUCGACAACGCAAAUCAAUUACAACGAUCGCUACGACAAUGCAGCUACGCAGCUUUGACGAAUAUAUUACAUCUGGCACAAGUACAACCACCACAGGUGUGCUCAGCAGUGCGCAAAGGUUGAAUGAUGGCGCGCAAAAAGGUGACAACGACAACGAUGAUGAUUAUAAUAAAGUAGUUUGUAACGGCGUAAAUCAACGCCCGCACGACUGGUCCAAUCGUCUGGGGCUCGAUACGCAUCGUAGUCCUAUAAGAAGUUCACAGUCGAUGAGCCCCAUCGGAUUGGUGGGGAGUGAAGUGUUUGUGCUGCCCAAUAGCCGUAGCAUGAUUGUGUUCAGCAGCAGUGGCAGCAGCAGUAGUAGCGACGGUGGCGGCGGUGGCGGUGGCGGUGCUAUUGGAAGUACGAGUAGUGGCAGCAGUGCGACGAGCGCCAACAACACCAUCGCCUACAUGCUGCAGGAUGUGAGCACCUAAGGCGCCUGUCUAGACUCUAGCGAAG